AUGGAGAUCGGUGCUGACGACCAUCAUCGCGUGGAAGCCACGGGCGGCUCCAGAGGGGGCUCGCCGGCGGGCUCGCGGUGGAACCCGACGAAGGAGCAGAUCGGCAUACUGGAGAGCCUCUACAGGCAAGGGAUAAGGACGCCGACGGCGGACCAGAUACAGCAGAUAACGGGGAGGCUCAAGGCGUACGGCCACAUCGAGGGCAAGAACGUGUUCUACUGGUUCCAGAACCACAAGGCCCGCCAGCGCCAGAAGGACAAGCAGGAGAGCCUGGCUUACCUCAACCGCUACUUCCAAAAGUCUGCCCGUCCCGCCUUCCAUCCUCCUUGCCCAAAUGCUGUUUGUGGACCGUACUUCGUGCCUCAGAGCGACAUAGGGACGAUGUACACACAGUGCCCGAAGGUGCUCCUUCCUUGCGGCUUCAAGAGGAGACAGAGGACUGACUUCAUGGAGAGAACAAAAACAUUCUGCCGUACAGGUUUCGCGUAUCCCGGGCACCCCCAAGGACAUCAUCAUGAUUUGACCGUCCACCAAACAGCCGAGAGCAACAGCGACAGCACCUUCGAGAGAAAUCAAGAAACUCUGGACCUCUUCCCGUUGCACCCAACUGGCGACGCCGUGCGAGAUAUGACAAAGUGUUCUCAUGCUCAUCAAGAUUGUUCGGCUAUGACCUCCGCUUCUUCUUCGGAGGACGAGGCAAGAGACGGUGGCAACAGCAGUGACCAGCCUUUUUUCGGUUCCUCGGCGAACGGAUGCUUCUGCGAGAGAGAUUAA